CUCUGCCCAGCAGUGCAGGUGGUAGUAAGCUACAGAAUGCUGUGGCGGCCAGAUCCCUUGGAGGAGAAUAAUUUUCCUGGCGGGGUGACGGGAGGACUGCACAGGAGAGAGGCUGAUGUGGAGGCUGCUGCCCGCUGGGUGAGGAGAGCCGCUUCCAGGGGACACCCGGUCCUCAUCCCCAAUCCUGCAGUUUUCAAUCCUACCCCGCUGCUCCCUCGACGGUUCUCGGUUCCCAGCCCCCUCCCCGCGCUGGAAGGUGACAACCACGAAAAGGAGGGUGACUCUCUCCUCGGCCGGGGCUUCAGGUGACAUCACAUCCUCCAAAUGCGAAAUCGGGUCUGCGGCCGGCCCAGGGGCUCAGCUCCACGUCUAGGUGCCGAGCGUCCUCCCGCGCGCCUGCUCUCCCGUCGGAGCCUGCCGCUGAGCCGUGUCCUGCCAAGCGCGCCAUGGCCUCGUCGGCGACAGCCCUGCUCCUGCCGCUGACCCUGCUGCUGCACUUCGCCGCGGCCUUCGGGCAGAGCCAGAUCCGGAUGAAGCCAAAGGAGGUGACGGCGAUCCUAGACAAACCUGUGACGCUGAUCUGCGAAGUGCUGCUGUCUGACUUGGGGGAUAGCUGCUCCUGGGUGUUCCAGCGGAGCGCCGCGGCCAGCCCCACCUUCCUGCUGUACCUCAGCAAAACACGCAACCAGGUGGACUCUCCGCUCAACUCGGGCAAGCGCGUCCAGGAAAAAGUCUUCAGCCUCACCCUGCACCAUUUCCGCGAGGAGGACCAGGGCUACUACUUCUGCGUGGUCGUGGGCUCCCUCAGCCUACACUUCAGCCCCUCUGUGCCCGUCUUCCUGCCAGCCAAGCCCACCACGAUGCCGGCGCCGCGGCGACCCUCGGCGGCGCCCACCACCGCGCCGCAGCCCCGGAGCCUGCGCCCAGAGGUCUGCCGGCCCUCAGGGGGUGCCGCAGUGGACUCGAGGGGGCUGGACCUCACCUGUGACAUCUACAUCUGGGCGCCCCUGGCUGGGGCCUGCACGGUCCUUCUCCUAUCACUGGUCAUCACCGUCAUCUGCAACCACAGGACCCGCAGACGCGUCUGCAAAUGUGCCAGGCCAGUGGCGAGACCAGGAGGCAAGCCGAGUGCUUCAGAGAGAACCAUCUAACGUGUGACAGCCACUUCGCGACUUCAGACAGACGGCUCCUUAUGAGAAGAGCAAGUCCUCCCCCCCGCCCCGCCCCAGCCCCAGCCCCAGCCCCAGCCCUAGCCCUGUAUACCUUCCUAUGUAGUGGUCCUCAUUAGCUGGGUGGGGUGGGGGUGGGGGUGGGGGUGGGGAUGGGGAGGGUUACUUUGUGGAUUUACUCUCACAGACCCAUAGUGCACACAUACUGGGGUACAGGCCAGGAAGAGGCGGUCGGGGCUACCCAGAACUGCGAGCUCAGAGUCACGCAGACAGGGCUGAAGGUGGUCUCAGUGCCCUAGGGGUGGAAGCCUCUUCCCUGCCUGUUUGGGGGCUGAAGGCCUGACGGGUGGUGCGGGUGUUGCGAUGAGUCACAGCACAGGGCUGGAGCCCACUCCUCUCCCAGAUCAGCGCUCUUUUCCUUCACGGUUCCAUGAUGUCGCUGAACAGUUACGAGACCUGUGUAUACCAGACCUGUGAAACCUGUGAAACUGUAGACAGCACAAAUCCCUAGAGUCGAGUUGAAGGGGUGAAUGGAAUCCCAGAAAACAAAUCUAAAAAUCUCCGACCACACUGCUGCCCUUGCCCUUGCCUGCAGAGGCACCUGUUCCCAAGUCCACUGGACUGUCAGUACCGCCAGUCUCUCCACUGGAGACCACACUCCUGGCAUCACUGGUGACUAAUUGUGUUUUCUGUGAAGCUGGGAUGGUUGGAGGGCUCCUCCUCCAUCAGCAGAUGCCCGGAUGGGGCAGAACAGGCUGUGAUGAGGUGGCCAAGAGCCAAAGCUGCUGCCCACUGCACAUUUCCUCUCUUAUGACCUUGACCAGCAAUGUUUUCUCAUCCCGAGAGAAGACUCACCCCUAAUUGUUUACCUUGGGGGCAACCCUCUGUUAAUAUUACAGUGUUUUCUUCCAAUUGUCUAUGCAUAUAUGUAAGAUACCUUGUUUUCUGAUCGGAAGUGUACUAUACCUUUAUUAAGUGGCUGUUAAUAAACAUUAAUGGUAUCGUG